CGGCGGAGACCCGAGGCCAGGCCCGGGCGCGGCUCAACGUGACCGAGUAGAAGGGGGCGGCUGCCGCGAGGCAGAACAGACUAGAACCUCCCCGGCCGCUGGCUCCUCCCCCCCAACGGCCUCGUGACCCCGGUCCUUCGCUCGCUCAUUCCCACUCCCGCUGCCUGCGGACUGGUGCACCGCCUAGAACCUUCUGGAAGUGUAGCUGUCCGUGACGGUGCCUGCUUCCAGACCCGAACAGCCUUACGCGUAUUCUUUCCUCUGGUCUCGCUCCUGGGAACAGACGGAGGAGCUCGCGUGUGCGCUUCCGAGCGGGGGACAGGGAGGCACUUGGAAUAGGACACUCCGUGGAGGUGGAAGUAAAGCCGAGCGAGACGCCCUGUGGGGGGUUGGGCAGGGAGCCUCUGGGGCCGGCGCGCCAAAAAAAACCCAGCCUGGUGACGUCACCGUUCUGAGCCGCCCUGGAAAGAAAGCCCGCCAGCGGCGCCUCGGUACCGGAAGGGGCGGGGCGCUUGGCUGGUUUCCUGGCGACGCGGCGGGGCUGGCGGAUUCUUUACCAGCUACUUGUACUUUCUCUUCUUGACGCGUGGGUGCUGGCCAUGCCUUCCCUGCUCUCAACCCCCAAGCUGGUUCCCGUUAUAGCAAGGCUCCGCGGCCUCUCAGGAUGCAUGUCAUGUUUACAGCGAAGGUACUCCCUUCAGCCUGUGCCGAAGAAGAUUCCAAACCGGUACUUAGGCCAGCCCAGCCCAGUUACACAUCCACACCUCCUCAGACCAGGGGAGGUGACACCAGGACUGUCCCAGGUGGAGUACGCACUUCGAAGACACAAGCUGAUGGCUCUGAUCCACAAGGAAGCACAGGAGCACAGUGGGACCGACCACACAGUGGUGGUCCUCUCUAACCCGACGUACUACAUGAGCAAUGACAUCCCCUACACAUUCCACCAGGACAACAAUUUCCUCUAUCUCUGUGGGUUCCAAGAGCCUGACAGCAUUCUGGUCCUUCAGAGCUUCUCUGGCAAGCAGUUGCCAUCCCAUAAGGCCAUGCUUUUUGUGCCUCGGAGAGACCCUGGUCGAGAACUGUGGGAUGGCCCUCGGUCUGGCACAGAUGGAGCGAUAGCCCUAACUGGGGUGGAUGAAGCCUACACCCUGGAAGAAUUUCAACACCUGGUACCCAAACUGAAAGCUGAAACGAGCAUGGUUUGGUAUGACUGGAUGAAGCCUUCUCAUACACAGCUUCACUCAGACUACAUGCAGCAUCUAACUGAAGCCAAAGCCAGGAGCAAGAACAAGGUUCGGAGUGUCCAGCAGCUGAUACAGCGCCUCCGGCUAGUUAAAUCUCCUGCAGAGAUUAAGAGAAUGCAGAUUGCUGGGAAACUGACAUCAGAGGCUUUCAUAGAGACCAUGUUUGCCAGUAAAGCUCCAGUAGACGAAGCCUUUCUUUAUGCGAAGUUUGAAUUUGAAUGCCGAGCCCGAGGUGCAGACAUCUUAGCCUACCCACCCGUGGUUGCAGGCGGUAAUCGCUCGAACACUUUGCACUAUGUGAAGAACAAUCAGCUGAUCAAGGACGGUGAGAUGGUGCUUCUUGAUGGAGGUUGUGAAUCUUCCUGCUAUGUGAGUGACAUCACCCGGACAUGGCCUGUCAAUGGCAGGUUCACCGCUCCUCAGGCGGAGCUCUAUGAAGCUGUUCUAGAGAUCCAGAGAGCCUGUUUGACACUGUGCUCUCCCGGGACAAGCUUGGAGAACAUCUACAGCGUGAUGAUGACACUAAUGGGACAGAAGCUGAAGGACCUGGGCAUCGUGAGGAGCAGCAAAGACAGCGCCUUCAAGGCUGCUCGGAAAUACUGCCCUCAUCAUGUUGGCCAUUACCUUGGAAUGGAUGUCCAUGAUACUCCAGACAUGCCUCGUUCACUUCCUAUGCAGCCUGGUAUGGUGAUCACAAUUGAACCAGGCAUUUAUAUUCCAGAGGAUGACAGAGAUGCACCAGAGAAGUUCCGAGGUCUCGGAGUGCGGAUUGAGGAUGAUGUCGUGGUGACUCAGGACUCACCUCUGAUCCUUUCUGCAGAUUGUCCCAAAGAGAUGAGUGACAUUGAACAGAUCUGCAGCAGGACCUCUUGACCACCACUGGAGCCGUUACAUCUCAGGUCCAAGACUGGCAUCCCUGCCUGUGUGUGCAGUCAGUGUCUCUGUGGGGGAUUAGACCCAGGUUCCAUGGGGAGUGCACAACUGUAUGAUGGAUGUCCCUGGAUAUGAGGACAUUUUCAUGUUAAGUAGAUGUAAAUCUGAAAUGGCAAACUCUGAAACAGUCUGUUACUAGGACUUUAGCAACAUUAAUUUUGAAAAGUUAAUGAUCCAGAAAGUUUAACAUAUGGAUGUAAAAUACGGUUUUGGUUGUGUGUACCCAUGCAUUCCAGUUAACACAUUUCAGCAAAAAAAUCUCCUCUUCAAGUUCUUCUCUUCCUGCUCUUGUGCUGAGAUCCACAUCCUAUCCUAAGAUGCUUGUGUGAUGCCUGUAUUUUUACUCUUCACCAAAGUCUCUGCCUAUGCUAAAAGCUACCUUUCAGUGUUCCAAGUGGCCAGUACUUAUCUUCCAUGAUCUCUGCCUCCCCAGCCAAGUUUUUCACAUCAAGUGGGACCUCUCAGGCUCAGGAAACACGGGUGUCCUGCAGUCUUUCCAUUCAGCAACAGGACAGCAACACCAGCCACCCAACAAGAAUCUUGAUCUUUCUUGCCAUUCAGUUGCCUAGCACCUAGAAAGUGCCCAGGUUCUUCGGAGGAAGAAGAUGAAAGAGAAGGAAAAGUCUCUGUGUCCCCACAGAUCCAGGCCUUGAGCUCUGUUUUCUUCAAUUUAAAGGGGAUUCUUUUUCAAACAUUCACCUUCCUGUCCUUCAUAGGUUCUUCUUAGACAAAAUGUCAUUGUGUGCCUUAGAUCCUUCAUCAGUUGCUUUCCUUUGUGACAGACUCUUAAUAUAGCUCAGGCUGGACUCAAACUAUCCAUCUUCCUGUACCCUCUCCACCUUUAUAGGGUUUUUGUGGUUUGGUUGGUUGGUUGGUUGGUUUUUCAAGACAGGGUUUCUGUGUGUAGCCCUGGCUGUCCUGGAACUCUCUCUGUAGACCAGGCUGGCCUCAAACUCAGAGAGAUCUGCCCCCCUGCUGGGAUUAAAGACAUGAGCCACCACCUCCCCGGCCCUUUAUAGGUUCUUUUAAACUGAUCCACAUAGCUACUUGCAGUAUUUAUUGUCAAAAUCAUCAUGAUAGGACCCAGUCUGGGCAUAAUGGCUAGUGCCUGUGGUUUCAGUAUUCUAAAGGCAGAGGCAAGAUUGUCACAAGUUCAUGCCCCAGACCAGCCUGGUCCAUAUAGCAAGUUACAAGCCAGCCAUAGCAAUACGAUGAGACCCUGUCAAAAAAAUCAAAACAAAAAUAGUGCUACAAUCUCAUGUAGUACUGUAUACCUCUACUGCCAAUAAAAAUAAAAUCCACUCAUGGUAGUUGUGAAAACCCUAUGGUCUACUUUUUGUUUGGUUUUGGUUUGGUUUGGUUUGGUUUUGGUUUUGGUUUUGGUUUUUCUAGACAGGGUUUCUCUGU